AUGUCUGCAGUCUUAAUCACAGGUGCGACGGGUAAGCAGGGGGGCUUCCUCAUUAGAAACCUUGUCUCUCGCAACGCCCCAUUCGAGAUCCUAGCUGUCACACGGAAUCCGGCAUCUACAUCCGCCCAGAAGCUCAAAAGCCUCUCUUCCAACAUCAAGCUUGUCGAAGGUGACCUAGAUAACCCGGCCGGUAUAUUCCAGAAAGCGCAGGAUGCGACUUCAGUCCCGAUCUGGGGAGUCUUCAGUGUGCAGGUGGCGAUUGGCAAUGGGGCCAAAGAAGAAGUCCAAGGCAAAGCCCUAGUUGAUGAAGCGAUCAAACAAAACGUCAAGUUCUUUGUGUAUAGCUCCGUUGACCGUGGCGGCGACAACCGUUCAUACAACAACCCAACCAAGAUCCCACAUUUCAUCAACAAACAUAAUAUCGAACAUUACCUUGUUGAUAAAGCCAAGAAUAAUGUUUUAGAUUGGACGAUCUUGAGGCCAACGGCAUUCUAUGAGAAUCUCACUCCAGACUUCAUGGGAAAGGUCUUUUCGACAUCCUUCAAGAUGGCCUUGAAAGAAAAGCCCCUUCAACUUGUUGCGACCAGCGAUAUUGGCUUUUUUGGGGCCGAUGCGUUCCUGAACCCCGACCGAUACAAGGGCCAGGGGAUCUCCCUGGCGGGCGAUGAAUUGACCUUUGAGCAAAUGAAGCAGGUCUUUGUUCGGAAAACAGGGAAGGAUCUACCUAUGACCUUCACGCUUUUCUGCUCUUUGUUCAUGGCGGCCAUAAAGGACAUGGGCUAUAUGUUCAAAUGGUUCCAUGAUGAAGGAUACGGGGCUGAUAUCCAGAAACUGCGCGAGGUCAACCCCUCUAUGAAGGACUUUGAAAAUUGGCUAGAGAAGGAAAGUGAAUUUUGA